AUGGAGCGGGUCAGCCUACCAGAGUCAGUGGGAAUUAAAGGCACUACCAAUUUCUCCAAUGUGGUCCUAGUCAAGGCUGACAAAGAUAUCUCAGUAGUGUCUGUCAGCAACAAAGAUGUGAACCCUGAGACCACUGUGCUGUAUCCUGUCUCCAGCUUGGGAAAUGAACACUACAUAGUUACUCCCCCUACAGAAUCCUUAGAUAGUUACCCAGAGUUCUCUGUUAUGACAUACGAAGACCGCAACCUUGUGACGGUCCAUGUGAAAGGCAAGUUACAUUACCUAACACAGGACAACUCCACUGGCUCCACACUGACAAUUAACCUCUGCGCUUUCCAAGGCAUCCAGUUUCAAGGCAUAGGAGAUCUGUCUGGCACCAGGAUUGUCUCAGAAAAGCCAGUGGUUGUCUUGGUUGGCCAGGGGUGUUUUUGUAAUAACACAAAAUGCAACCAUGUCUUUGAGCAGCUCCUACCAGUUUGCAGCUGGGGAACAACAUACAUCAUUCCUCCCUUACCAUGGCAGAAAGUAGAUGAAAUAGUCUACAUCACUGCUUCCCAGAGCACAACUGUGUCGUAUCAACUAGGGGAACAGGCAGAGACUGUUACUCUAGCAGGAGGCAGUGUACUCCAGCGUCCUGUCAAGCCCUGGAUCCCAGUCUACAUCUCUGCUAAUGUGGGCAUCCAGGUGGUGUUCUACAGCGUGGGUGCACCUCUCCCUAAUUCCUCCCACGCCUUCCUGAUGAAUGUUCCAGAUGUUGCCAGUUACUGCCGGAUGUAUUCUAUAAAUGCCCAGCAGGGCUUCAAAAACUUUGCCUUGAUGGUGGCCAAUACAGCAGAGACUGGCGCCAUAAUCCUAGACAAUCAGCCUGUAAGGGAUGUGGUGUGGAACCGAGUCCCUGGCACUGAAUUCGUUUGGAGCAUUCAUACGCUUGAACCUGCCAACAGAUCCCAUGCUGUGGAACAUCCGCUUGUACCUGCCAACAGAUCCCAUGCUGUGGAACAUCCCAGCUCUCCAUUUGCGCUCCUGAGUGUUGGCACUGCCGCCAUGGACAGCUAUGGGAUUCCGGGUUCCUGCAGGAAGAAUGUUCCCUUUAAAUCCCUGACUGAGACUCCACAGAUACAAGAGCAGUUGGAGAUGUGCAAAGAUUUCUUUCUGAAGGGCAACAACAGUGAAUUGUGCUCCUUCAUGAAUUCAACCUUAGUGAAUUUGGAGACCAUGUGUGCCCAGAAUAAAACAGUAUCGCUGCAGGAUUUUGCUCACCCCUUUGGUUCCCUCCUGAAUGGCGCCACUCUCAGUGCUGGUGGGAAUGACAGGAAGAGGGAGGUGGACUCUGCCGUGACGUUCGUCCUGCAGAUUGUGGAAUUGGCUGCACUGACGGCUGCUUUGAAGAAUGGGAACCAGACUGUGACAACAGAGUCUAUGGCUAUCGAGACGCUCCUCAUUGUCCCGGCUGCAGGUCCCUGUGAUAAGGUCUUCAAGCUGAGAGCUCAGGAGCAGACAAUGGACAUUCACUGCGAUACUGUCACCCCAGGACCCACAGAAGAUUCUGGGGCUGUUGCUUUUAUUUCUUACUCCACCCUGGACUCCAUCAUGAACAAGAGAUUUCUCAACGAGGGAGAUCUAAUGGCUGAUGAGAAAUUGAGGAAUUUUCACCUGAAUUCCAGGGUGGUGAGUGGGGCUGUCGGAGAUGGGAGGCCCAUGAACCUCUCCAAACCUGUGAACUUCACCCUGAGCCAUAGACAGGCAAAGAAAGAGAAUGACACGCCUCUCUGCGUUCACUGGAAAUUCAUUGCUGGGAAUGGCACCUGGGCUGAGGAUGGCUGCACUGUUCUCGACACAAACAGCACUCACACCAUCUGCAGCUGUGACCAUCUCUCCAGCUUUGCACUCCUUAUGAGUCUCACCGGAGUGGAGGAGAGUUACCCUCUGACCAUCAUCACCUAUGUGGGACUGACCUUCUCCCUGCUGUGCCUCCUCCUCGCCAUCCUCACCUUCCUCCUGUGCCGCUCCAUCUGCAACGUCAGCACCUCCAUCCACCUGCAGCUCUGCCUCUGCCUCUUCCUGGCCAACCUGCUCUUCCUCACUGCAGUGACCCGCACCAGCAUUCAGGUGGUGUGUGCUGUAAUUGCUGGUUUCCUACACUACCUCUUCCUGGCCUGCUUCACCUGGAUGUUCCUGGAGGGGCUGCACCUCUUCCUCACCGUCAGGAACCUGAAGGUCGUGAAUUACACCAGCGCCAGCCGGUUCAAGAAGAGAUUCAUGUACCCGUUUGGCUACGGAUUCCCAGCCCUGGUGGUGGCUAUUUCUGCAGCGGUGAAUCAUGAAGGCUACGGAACUGAUGAACACUGCUGGCUCAGCCCGGAGAAACACUUUCAUUGGAGCUUCCUGGGACCAGUCUGUGCCAUAAUCCUGAUAAAUUUAACAUUUUUUCUUGUAACCCUCUGGAUCCUGAGAGACAAACUCUCCUCCCUUAAUGAAGAUGUGUCCACUCUCAAAGACACCAGACUACUGACUUUUAAAGCUAUCGCCCAGCUAUUCAUUCUGGGCUGCACGUGGAGCCUUGGUCUCUUCCAAUUCGGCUCAGCAAAAAUGGUCAUGGGGUAUUUAUUCACCAUUGUCAACAGCCUGCAGGGAGCCUUCAUCUUCCUGGUGCACUGUCUCCUCAAUCGCCAGGUGAGAGAGGAGUACAGGAGAUGGAUUAAAAGCACAAGAAAACCCAGCCCCACAACUCAAACGUUUAGUCCGUCUGGGUCCACUGUCACUACCAGCACCAAGAUGGCUCCAUGCAUCACUCACUCUGGAAUGCACUGGGAAGGUGUUGGCUUUGACACACAUUCAGUGAAUUGCGGAGAGCCCUCCACUUCAUCUCUGUGAAACAAUCACCUCUCCAACCAGCAAUGUUUAUCAUACAGCCGGCUUUGCUGUGCCAGUGGGGCAGGUGCUUCAGCUGCCAUUCUUCAUCGCAACUACAUACAAAACCUGGAAGGGGAAGCAGGAUUGGACCAAAUCCUCUCUCUGAUCCAAAUCCACAACGUCUACUGAAUUCAAAGGCCACCCUAUGGUUGUAGCUGGGUGUCUCGCCCACAUUUAAAGGGCCAGAUCCCAGGUCAGAGAGCAGUUAUUUCCUGGGGAAAGCACACCAUGCGGGUUGCAGGGGGCCAAUUUGCAA